CUAGCAUCAAGACACACACCAACUCCAAACUCCCAACUCCCAACUCCCAACAAACAAGCUUGGAACCCGAGGCGGUGAAGACACCGACCUGCCAACCUGCCAAUCGGCAAGGCCCUCCCCGCAUCUCGCCCCCUAACCGUGCAAGUGAAUGUUUACAGAAUCGCCCCGAUCCGGCAAUAAGUGGAUCAACGGAGGUGGGAAAUUCUAGAACUAAAAUGGCCUCGAGCUGGCGGCGGCGCACAAAACCUCCUUGCGACGGCCAGGGAGUUCAUCGUUAUUUUUUUCUCUCUCUCUCUCUCUCUUCUUCUCUUUCAAACGCUUCGCGACUGACAACACGUUUCCUCAUGACCGUGAUCUGCAGCUGAGGAUUGAGUGGCACGCUGGUUCUGUCCGCAGAUCCGGAGACUAAGCUCCAGCACAAGCAGACUCGUUCGUCUCCAACGACCGCACUGAAUCCUCCUGCCAACCGACUCAGCGCAGCAAAAUGUCGGCGCGAGGCUACAACGUCCAGGAACUUCCCCCGGACCCAAGGAUCCUGUCCGGCCUGAACUACCGCGGCUCUCUGUACUAUGUGGCGCAAACGGCGGUCUGGACGUUCCAGGCGUAUUUCGUGCUGCGGCUGGUGUCGAUCCUGACCUCGCCCGUGCAGACAUGGCAGAUGUGGGUGACGCUGGCCAUCGAGGGGAUGUUCGCUCUGCUCUCGCGACAAGACCAGCUCCUCACCAUCGCAUCGGGCCGCGCGCCGCCCAACUCACCCCGCAAGCGCCUGCGCCUGCAAGGCGAUGAGAACCUCCCCACCGUUGAAGUCCUGCUGCCCUGCUGCGGCGAGCCCGUCGAGGUGAUCCUGGAUACGAUCCGCGCCGCGUGCACGCUGGACUACCCCGUGACAAAAUUCCGGGUCCGCGUGCUCGACGACGGCGGCUCAGCGGCACUCCGCGCGGCCGUCACGGAGCUGCAACCCACAUGGCCGCACCUCUCCUACCACUCGCGCGGCCGGCAGACGGGGCAGGUGUUCGCGAAAUCGGGCAACCUGAACUAUGCGCUGCAGACGCUGCAAGAGAAGACGCAGCCCGAAUUCUGCGCGAUUUUCGACGCCGACUCGAUCGCGGCGCCGGAGUUCCUGCGCGCGACGCUGCCGCAUCUCCUCGCGACGCCCGAGGCGGUCCUGGUCACCACGCGCCAGUACUUCUACAACCUGCCGCGCGGGGACCCGUUCUCGCAGUCGCGGCUGCACUUCUACACGUGCCAGAACACGGAGCUGGAUCUGCAGGGGCGCGCGAUCGACGCCGGGUCCGGGGCGCUGUUCCGGCGGCGCGCCAUCGUCGACGCCGGCGGGUACCCGACCUACUCGUUCUCGGAGGACUGGCAGCUGUCGCUGGUGCUGCAGGGCUUGGGCCAUGUGACAAUCCAGGUGCAGGAGCCGCUGCAGUUCGGGCUCGUGCCGACGUCGCUGGCGGGCCACAUCGCGCAGCAGAGCCGGUGGCACAUCGGGCACACGCAGCAGAACCGGGUGCUGUUUGCCCCCUACAACGUGACCAUGUCGCGGCCGAUGCAGUGGGGGAUCGUGCUGAACGGGCUGGCCAUCACGGGGCGGCUGGUCGCCUUACUCGCAAUCUUUGUGGCGGUCCCAGCUCUCCUCCUCACCGGGCAGCCCCUAAUUUCAACCACCAGUUACCUCAAACCCCAGCUUAUCUUGGCAACAGCCCACGUCGCACUCAGCUGGCUCUUCGCCUGCCUGCAAUCCGCGCACACAGACUUCCAAAGCGCGCCUUUUGCCCAUCUGGAAAAUACCUGGCUCGCAGGAUCACACCUCCUGGCCCUCCUCCGCUUCCACCUAAUCUCCCCCCGCCCCAAAAAAGGCUCCUUCGUAACCGGCAGCACCACCAACACCUCGAACCGCCCCGCCGCCCCAACUGUCUGGCAGAACCUGCACCACAACCUGUGGGACAACGGCAUCGGGUUCAGCGCGCUGCUGCUCUGCACUACUCUCGUCGCAUUUACUCUGGCCCUGUGGCGGGGUGUCUCCGACUUUACCCCGACCUCGCACGUAGUGGCAAGGUUGCUGACGGGCGCAGCCUUCCCGCCGAUGCUGCAUAUCACCUUCCUCGUGGUGCUGAGUCUCGUCGAGCCGGUGGUGCAUCUGCUCGCGCCGCCGGUGUUUCCAGACCGGAAGGCGGGGUUGGAGGUUUCGAAGGGGGGGGUGUGGCAGCCUAAGGCGGAGGUGCGGGUGGCGUGCGUGCAGCAGCGGAAGGCGGUGGGGGGGUUUGUGGGGAGGAUCGUGGUGGUGGUGGUGGGGUUGGGGGCCGUGGGGGUCGGGGUGUGGUGGUUGUAG